UCAUUCCUGGGAAAGCGGCUGACACAUUCCUGACACAGCGGCUGUCCCCGGGUUUUAAGGCAGAGACACAGGCACAGAGCGGGCCGGCCGUCGGAGGGAGGGGGUCGUCGGGCAGGCCCCGACCACGCCCACCGUGCCCGGGUCUGGCCUCUGGGGUGGGGCCCCUGGCGGGGACUAUAAAGUCCCCGAGAAGCAAGCGACAGCCAGCUUUGGGCUUUGGUUGCUAUUUGGGGACACUUCCUCCGAGGCGAGGCGAGGCGAGGCGAGGCAGGAGUGACGAGUGAGGAGCCCGCGGUCCGGGGAGGGUCCCCAGGCCGGCUGCCGCCUCCCGCUCGCGCACUUUCUCCGCGUCCCGGGGAACAACCGGCGCGCAGGCUGCGACGCACGCGGACCUUCUCCGCGUCCCAGGGAACAUCGCGAGCGUAGGCUGCAGGAGGGACCCCAGGCCGGCGGCGGGUCUGCGACGGCAGUGCGCGCCCUCCCCUCGGGGACGCGGGAGCCGGAGCGCCAUGGCCUUCCUGUGGCUGGCCUUGUGUCUCACGCCCGCGUGCUGUCUGCUGCACAAGGACGAAGAUCCCGAGCCGCCGAUUAAGAACCUGCGAAUGCAGCCCGAGACGAGAAGGUUGACCUGGGACCUCAGCGGAAACGUGUCUGAGAUCAGCUGUUUCAUCAACUCGAGGCUGAUCACUAAGGCCAUCGACAAGCGUUACUGCCAGUUCCGCGUACUUCCCUCGUGUCAGGUGACGAAUUUCACGGUCGCCUCCACCGGAGACCCGCCGUUCUCCGCGGGGAUCCUGUACCCCAGGCCAGAGGGCCACCGUGAGGCGGCCGCGCAGCGUCUGGGCUGCUGGGUGCACGACGUGGACUUCCUGACGUGCAGCUGGGAGGCGGGCCGCGCGGCCCCCGGUGACGUGCAGUAUCGCCUGUACUGGCGGGACCUCAAGACCUACGAGGAGGAGGAGUGUCCCCGGUACGGGGUGGACGAUCGGGGGACACACAUCCGGUGUCAUUUCGACGACGUGUCCGGGCUCGGGGAGCACGUCCAGUUCCUGGUGAAGGGCACUGGCAAGGGCGCGAGGAUCCCCUGCUCCGACCUCACUGUGGAACUAGCAGGCAUCGCAAGGCAGCCCCCACCCAAUCCAAUACGGUGCUGCCCAUACAAAGGGGAGGAGAUGCAGAGGCCCACGCCGGGACGGAGGAGAAGGCCAGGAGAGGAGGAAGGCACAGAGACAGGUGACGUGUGUCCAGCCCAGGGACGCCCAGCCUCCCCAGCAGCCGCCCGCAGUGGGAAAGGGGCCGCGAACAGAGUCUCCCUGUGAGGAACCAGCCCUGGGGACACGUGGACUUCAGAUUUCUGGCCUCCAGACCUGGAAGAGGACACAUUUCUACGGGCCAAGCCACCAGUUUGUGGGACUUUGCUGUGGCAGCCGUGGGGAAUUCGUGCCAUACCAUUAUGAGCGAUUUCCAGAUGGCACCAGGAGACCAAGAACCCAAGCCUGGGGCCACGGACAGCGAUGUCUCUGGGCGUUGACUGGCCAGGUCCGGGCCCGCAGGUGCGGCCGUCUCAGAGUGUCAGAGACAUCACCCAUUGACACGGAGAAUCGGGUCCGGUGCGGGGGGGACUGUUGGUUCCCAGCUGCUGCCUUAACAAACGAUCCCAAACCACGAGGCUUGGAGCAUCCGAGUCUGAGAUCCAGGCAGCACAAGGCUGUGCCCCCUCCUGAGGCUCCAGGGGAGGGUCCUUCCUGCCUCUUCCAGCUUCUGGGGCUCCAGGCAUCCCUGGGCUCGUGGCCGCGUCCCUCCCGUGUCUGCGUCCCUCUUCCUGAGGCUUCCCCUCUGUGUCUGUGUCUCCUGUUCGGACUUUUAUAGGGACAGUCGUCAUCGGAUUUAGGGCCACCUUGAUGCAGAAGGAGGUCGUCCCAGAACCUUCACUUACUGUACCUGCAAAGACACUAUUUACUUGAGAGAGAGAGAGAGAGAGAGAGAGAGAGAGCAAACAGGGGAGGGACAGAGAGAGAG